AAACACUAAUGUUCUCUCAGUUCAGCGGUACACUCCGGCUGUCUGGAACUAAUAUUCUUUACUAUUUUUAACCUUAUGAACUGAAAUUACACUUUAGUGAAGUUUAAUUCAAACUUCGCCGACUUGUGUUUAGAUAUUUCACGUGAUAUAACCGCAGUGGCCGGUUUGUCAACAGUAAGCCGUCAAAAGUGUUUAUGUGUAGCUGUAACAUGUAGCCAGGUUAUGGUAAAAAGUCAAACUAACUAGUCUUUCUAGUAACCGCAUUCAUUUACUUCAUAUGGUUUGUUUUAUUUACUUGUAAGCAACUCGUUGUAAGCCAGUAUGUUUCCGCUGGACUCGCCCUGGAACAUUUCGUUCGCUGGGUGCGGGUUUCUCGGGGUUUACCAUGUCGGAGUUGCGAGCUGUCUGCUGGAACAAGCGCCGUUUCUGGUUGAAGGUGCUCAACACGUCUAUGGAGCUUCAGCAGGUGCAAUCACCGCUGCAGCACUGGUUAGCGGGACAUGCAUGGGAGAGGCUGGAGCCAACUUUAUCAAUGUUGCAAAAGAAGCACGGAAGCGGUUUCUGGGACCAAUGCACCCUGCCUUUGAUCUAGUGAAGAUUAUGCGAGGCAUGAUGCUACGUAUUUUGGCUCCUGAUGCAUACAGGAAGGCCACAGGCAGACUGGGCAUCUCCCUCACCCGUGUUACAGAUGGGGAGAAUGUUGUUGUGUCCCAAUUCAACAGCAACGAGGAGCUGGUGCAAGCAUGUGUUUGCAGUGCCUUUAUUCCUGUGUACUGUGGCCUCAUUCCUCCUGCAUUACAAGGAGUGCGUUAUGUGGAUGGGGGUAUUACUGAUAAUUUGCCUCAGUAUGAGUUGAAGAACACAAUCACCAUUUCACCCUUCUUGGGAGAGAGUGAUAUCUGCCCUAGAGACGUCAGCUCCACCAACCUGCAUGAGCUCCGAUUUACCAACACAUCCAUACAAUUCACUGUUUCUAACCUGUACAGAGUCUCUAGAGCACUGUUCCCUCCUGAUCCACAGGUGAUGAAGACCAUGUGCAAGCAGGGCUACAAAGAUGCACUAUACUUCCUGAAGAAAAAUGGUCUGUUGCAGUUUCGCGGACCACACCACCCCCUGAGUAAUAAUCAUGUGAGAGGUGUGGAAGACUCUGAGAAUGAGGACACUGAUGAACGACGUAGUGGGGAAGGGGAAACGAUGCCUAACAACAGAGAAGAAGUUUUUGACCACUUACCGCUACAACUUCAUAGAGCUCUCAAAGAGGCAUGUAAAGAAAGACAAACUCGCUUGCAGUCUUUGAACAACACAUUACCUGCCAGGAUGUUGUCAGCCCUUUUUAUACCAUACACACUGCCGUUGGAGUCAGCUCUGUCACUGAGUAUAAGGUUGCUGGAGUGGUUGCCAGAUGUUCAAGAAGAUGUGGGCUGGAUUAAAGAGCAAACAGUAAAGCAACUACAGCGUUGUCUACAGAACACCAGAAGAAGUGUGUCCCAACAAGUCUCUGCACGAUUCUCUUAUCAGCUGGAGUUAAGGCACACUCAGUCAGCACCGGAGGCAUUCAGCACUGGAAGUCUGCUGCCGGGAUGGGUGCGUGGAAGGAGCUCCUCUGUUCUGGAAGCCAUCCAUCGAUUGGACCAGUACCAGCGGCAACUCCUGCCAGGCCUCUUUUGCUUGAAUCUGGACCUGCGUGGCUCCUUCAGUGCUGGAUCUUCUCCACCUGUAGUCUCUCCUGUACAACCUGCACAGAUCAGUGAGGAGACGGAGGAAGGGUUGACCAUGCGUCCUGUAGGGCCCUCUAACCACAACUUGCUUCCAGAGAACCAGCAGCUGGAAGACAAACACGCUUCAUAAUGCGCUUUUUGUCUCUGUACCCAGAGAAUUGUGAAACAAGGAUCUGGUUCUUUCUGAGUGAACAGCUCUAAAAGGGGGACUUUGAAUAAGAACUGGCAACCUCAGCCAUUUGUAAAGUCAUAUAAAAAUGAAAGAGUACAUUAUUCAUUUUAUUUAUUUAUUUUUUACUAAUUGCUUAAUACUGGUCAAGGCUGGAAUACACCCUGAACAGGGCGCCAGUUAAUUUCAGAGCAAAAUACACUCAUUUUGCCAAUUUUUACUUGAUAUGAGACUUCAGCUGUUCAACAGAUAAUGGUUACUGUUGUCUGAUUGUACUCUUCAUAAUGCACUAUUGAUUUUUAAUAGGAAACAGAUCUAGACUGCCGGUCUGGCAAGGCAAACACCUGCACUGUUUUAACAAAGCCAUGUAAAAUGAGGCCUGGCAUUGUCUUGCUGAAAUAACUAUGAACUUCUAAGGAAAAGCCAUAACUUUAAUGGUCUGUUUCUCUAUAAAAUCCCAAUAUGUUAUGCAGCACAUAUAGUCAUUUUACACAUAUGCAUGUCACCCAUGCCGUGGGCAGUGAUGCACCCCUAUACCAUGGCUGAUGUUGGCUUUUGUACUUUUUGCUGAUAAUCUGGAUGGUCCUUUUCAUCUUUGGAAGGAAAAAAACCCUCAAUGUUUUUGCAGAAAUAAGCUGAAUCGUGGACUUAUCUGACCACUGCACACACUUCCACUGCCUUUCGGUCAAUCUGAUGAUCAACCUCAAGGGUCACACACUUUUAACAUGGUUCUGGCUGGAUAUCCUGAAUCUUUUUACAAUAUUAUGUAUCAAAGAUGGUAAAUGACCCAGAUUAUUUGCAAUCGUGCAUUGAGAAAUGUAAUUUUUGAACUGAUUGACUAAGUUUGGCACAAACUGAUCCAACUUUGCUUGCAUAGACUGAGCCUUUGGUGAAUCCUCAUUUUAGACCCAUUCAUGCUCAUCUGAUAUUCAGGACUUUGAUUUUGGUAUUAUAUUAGAAAUGGCAAAACUAGGAUAAGUACAUCCUAUAAUUACAAACUGAAUGUUUGCAUUCAGUGUGGUUAGUAGGACGGACUGUUGUGAAGUAACUAAUGCAGUUUAGGUCAGAAGAGAUGUGAGAUGUUUUAAAUUAUGAUGUACUCAUGAAACUAACUCAGUAUUGUAUAGCUGAUUCUUACUUUUUAGUAAAUAAAUAAAGUAAAUAAGUAAGUAAAGUUGUAUUUUAUUUUGUUUUGGUUGUGAAGGAACCAUGUGUAUUGCCAUGGUUGUUUUGCAUGUAUUACAGAAAUUUUGUUUGAACAUGAAUGUGUUAAGAAUGCAUAGAGCAAGUAACUAUGAGCUUUAAUUGUAAAAGUUAGACUUUCUAAAGAAUGUAAAUGUGGAAGACUAUUCUGGAUAAAAUGUAUAUGCUUUUCAGUAUUGCUGCAUGCUUUAUAUAGGGUAAAUUAAAAAGGAAUAGUUUGAACAAUGUUGGCAGUUAUGUGAUCAUGUAUUAAUUUAGUGCAUAGUACAAUACGUUUCAGUAAUGGAUGUAUGAACUGUGAGGUAGUCCUGCUCCUAGUUGGUCAUACUUCUUCUGCUAAUUCUGUUUAUUUGUAUAUAAAAUGGGAGAUAACACUGUAUGUUAAAUUUCAAAUACUUUAUUAUAUAGUAAAUAUAGUCUCUAUAUACACAAUAAAUUAUUAAUAAAAA